AUGGUCAAGACACUCCAGUUCCAGGAUAUCCAAGUCCAGUCCCCAGGAUUCGGUUGCAUGGGUCUCAGUUUUGGUUUGGGCAGCAAUCUGAGUCUUGAAGAAGCUGAGCCUGUUCUUCUCAAAGCUAUCGAACUUGGCUGCACAUUCUGGGAUACAGCGGUCGUUUACCAGGCGGGUGUGAACGAGAAGCUUCUAGGGGAGUUCAUCAGGAAGCAUAAUGUCCGUGACAAGGUCUUUAUCGCUUCGAAGUGCGGUAUUGCUUGCCUUGAUGGCGAGUCAGGUGUGACAAACAGCCCAAGCCAUAUCAAGAAGUACAUCGAUGGUACAAUCGAGCGACUUGGCUUUAUCCCUGAUCUCUAUUACCUUCAUCGAAUCGACCCCAACACGCCUUUGGAGAAAUCUAUCCUCGCUCUUGAUGAGUGCCGCAAGUCUGGCAAGACCAAGUACAUCGGGCUAUCUGAGUGUUCCGCCAAGACGCUGCGGAAAGCAAACUCAAUUGCCAAGAUCGACGCCGUCCAAGCAGAGUACUCUGCCUUCGAGACACUGCAUGAGACCGACGGCCUGAUCGACACCGCGAGGGAACUCAACGUGGCUUAUGUCGCCUAUUCUCCCCUUGGCCACGGCUGGCUGGUAGACAAUUUCGACUACUCCUCUCCCGACGACUUUGCACCUGACGACUUCCGUCGUUCGGUCCCUAAGUUCCAAGGCGAAAACUUUUACAAGAACAAGGCCAUUGUUGAGGAGAUCAAGAAGCUUGCUAAGAAGAAGGGCUGCACAACCCCUCAAAUCGCGCUGGCCUGGGUUGCUGCUCAAAACAUGAUUGCUAUUCCCGGAACGACCAAGGCGAAGAGGUUGGAAGAGAACUGGGCCAGCAGGGACGUGGAGUUGACAGACGAAGAGAGGAAGGAGAUGAGAAAAAUUGUUGACCAGGCGAAGCCGAGCGGUAAUCGCUACGCACCUGCACAACAGGCUAUGGUUGGGCACUAA